ACCCUGACUCUCCGCAUCAAACGGGACAGCCCAUGUACAGAUCUUGGACGACACGUUACAGAGGUUCUGCGUCUCGCCGGAACGGCGCUCAAAAGAUUCGACUUUGCGUGUGAGCUUGCUGAUGGAGACUCGAUCCACGAUGUCGUACCGCGAAUUACGGCAAACACAUCACUGACAGACCUGCAAUUGGAGUUCAUCUGGCAGGUCGAUCCAUCGCUCCCAAGGAUUCAAAGGGGCCUGGGUCUCUUGCUAUCUGACAUCCAAGUCCGAAGCGCACAUCUGUUGGAUCUCGACAUUCAGAUUCGCCUGUCACGCACCGAGAUGUCUAAAGAUGAAAACGAGGCCUCAAUCAGCGAGACAGACUUUCCUGGCCCCUCCACCUCCAAUUUCCACGCUAUACUCUCUCGUAAUGUCUUUGACCAGCUUCAAGCACGAUCUGUUCUCAUUCAAGUCGGGUUCAUGGCCCAGGCGAGAAAUCAGGACGCCACGAUGUUGUCUGCGAUCAAGUCACACAUGAUCACUCUGUUCGCGCCGUGGCUGGAUCGCGGAAUCGUACAGCUCCAAUUCGGUCCCGACCCUGAUGGCGAAGAAUUCGUCACUCGUAAGUCCUCACCAGUACUCUCAUGCCUUGGGGCGCAUGCCAGCAUCGUGGAUACAGAGGACUCGGAGGACGAUGGACGCGAAGGAGGUGCACGCGAUGUUAGGGGAGAUACGGAGACAGAAGAUGUAAUCACGAUUUCUCUGGGGUCAAAAGGCAGUGCCACACUUGGAUCUGCAGGACUGACCUUGGACCAUCACGUCGUUAACGACCGAACUCGGGGAGUGUACCAGACCAAGACACCGCGUCUUGGUGAACGACGUUCGGAGCGGCAAUCCAUCGGACAUCUCGCUGGUACACGCUCAGGCUUUCGCAAUCGAAUUGCGGGACUCAUGCGCAAGCUUCCUUGGAGUCGAAAAAACAUGCAGGAUUAGGAUUCAGGUAUACGGAUAGGAAAUACGGGCACAUAAAAGUGUGAGAGAUCGUUUGUGGACAUGCAGGACUCGCCGCGUACUGCUAUAGGAAUCAUCAUAUCGUUUGAAUGUGCUUCAUUCGUAUGGCGCCGACUCCUAGCUAGCACUCUCAGGCCCGUGCAUCGGAG